AAGGUUUCGCUCCGCUCCGCUCGGACCUAAAGCGGGCGACCUGCUUCAGACUCCGACCCCGCUCCGCUCUCUCCGGGAUGGCUGCCGUGUGGCGAGCGCGUAAAUUCGCCCGCUGUGUGGUCCGUUUCUCCGACCGUGAUCUGUAAACGACGUCGAGAAUAAGCGUUUCGGGCGUCAGAAGCAGAGCUCGCAUACACGCCGACCAUGGCUGAAGGCAGCAAGAAUGCUGGUACUGGAUCUGUUGAAGAGGAAGAGGAUGAAAAUUCUGAAGACUCUAAUCUGCAGCUGGAGCUCAGUGCUUUUAGGGCUCAGUGGAUGUCUGAGCUGCUGCCCAGCUCUGGUACAAAGAAAGGCAUCUCCAGGGCUGCUGAUUUGAAAAAGAAACAGGAGCUGGCCAGAGAGGAAAAGGCUCGAGAGCUGUUUCUGAAAGCUGUAGAGGAGGAACAAAAUGGAGCUGUUUACGAAGCCGUCAAGUACUAUAAGAGUGCAAUGCAGCUUGUGCCUGACAUUGAGUUUAAGAUCAACUACAACAGAUCUCCUGAUCCAGAUAGAGUUGGCGGGAGCUACCUGGAGGAGAAUGAAAACGAGAUAGAUGAUCUCCUUGCGUACUUCCAACAGCAGCUGACUGUUGAGCACUCCUCUCAGAAGAUCUGUGAGCCUGAGGUGGAAACAUCUCAGGUGCAUAUUUCAGCUUUGCCAAUGGAGGUGCUGAUGUAUAUCUUCCGCUGGGUGGUGUCCUGUGACUUGGACAUGCGCGCUCUAGAGCAGCUCUCCCUUGUCUGCAGGGGUUUCUACAUCUGUGCAAGAGACCCUGAGAUUUGGCGUGCUGCCUGUUUGAGGGUUUGGGGCCGGAACUGCACCAAAAUUCUGCCCUUCACCUCCUGGAGGGAGAUGUUUUUAGAGAGGCCACGUGUGCGCUAUGAUGGUGUUUACAUCAGCAAAACUUCGUACAUCCGCCAAGGCGAGGAGUCUCUGGAUGGCUUCUAUAGGAAGUGGCACCAGGUGGAGUACUACAGGUACCUCCGCUUCUUCCCUGAUGGUCAAGUGAUGAUGUUGACCGCCCCUGAGGAGCCUCUGGCCACUGUUCCACGUCUGCGUAGCAGGAACUCGAGGAUGGAGUCCAUCCUGUUUGGCCACUACCGGCUGUCCCAGGACACGGACAAUCAAACCAAAGUUUAUGUUGUCGUCUCCAAGAGAAAAGAAGAGAAGGUGCCCGAAUACCAGAGAAGCCGGUUCUGCAGGCGGAACCCAGCCCCCGACUCUGACCGCACCUUCCAUGUGGGGCUGCAGCUGUCCUCUGGGGGUCGCCAGCGCUUCAACAAGCUGGUGUGGAUCCACCACUCUUGUCACAUCACCUACAGAUCAACUGGAGAAACUGUCAUCACUGCAUUUGACUUGGAUAAAAUGUACACCCCUUUGUUUUUUGCACGAGUGAAGAGCUUCACUGCCUUUUCAGAGCGCCCCCUGUAGGGUGAGCUGAGAGAUGCAUGUGGAACGUCAGCCCAUCCAAAGGUUUAUGCAUAAUUCUCUCCACCAUGCGCAUCAUCCCUCACCUAGUCUUUGCUUUGAGCAUGAGGCUGCUUCUGAUGAAUGUAAAGAUAAUGUUUGUUUGAGGUUUUUAGAAUUCUUAUUAGCAGCAUUACAGGUUUUUCUGUCUGUUUUAACUGAUGUAGUAACAGAUUUACCAUCGUAAACACAGGUAUAGUGUGUUAAUUUGUCUAAGCUAAAGUAUAAAGAAAGCAGCUGUCUUUUGCUCACUUUACAUCAAUAAUGAAUGUUUUCACAUUGUUUUUUUUUCUGUGUGGAUUUCAGUGUGAGGAAAUAUGUCUACUGAUGACUGGAACAACCAAAUAAACAUGUUAAAGAUUU